UUGACAACACCACCUCGAAUCGCCAACCCAUUCCAAACUUUCCCCCCCAGAAACUCCUACGGAGAAGGAAAAAGUCGUUGUUGGUUUACUCAUGAAAACAGUUCACGGGAACGUUAAAAUACUGUAUAUGGACAUGGACAUGGCGUGAAACGCCGCGUGUAGCGGUGCUCCAUCACUUCUUUUCACUGAGAACCAGGUAUAAUGGCAGAAGGCGAGGAGACCAUGAGUCAAGAGGACUGGAAGGACAAGUGUAUGGUCCUCGAAGCUCUGCUCAUGAAGUUCAGGGUUCAGAUUAUCAAAAUCCGAGAGCUAACUGCUGACAAGAUUCAGCAACUCGAGACCCAAGUGAUUGACGCGGAAAAGAGAGCAUUUACAGCUCAGCAGCAGGUGCAGUGGAUGGAGGAGAAGCUGAGAGCUCCAGAUGGUCAGCCUGAAGAUUCAGAAAAGCUGUGGUUUGAGCGAUGCCAAGAGCUUCAGGCUUUGGUGCAGGAGAAGGAAGAUGUCAUCAGCCAGUUAGAGCAGCAGCUGGAAGAGCAGAAACAGUCAAGACUUCAAGAUGCCAAGACUGUGGAGGAGAAAGCAGCCAAGAUCAAGGAAUGGGUGAUGCAGAAAUUGUCAGAGUUUGAAGGAGAGAACGCUGCAUUAAGGGAAACCAACAAACAGCAGGAAACUCAAAUUAGUGAGCUAAAGAAGAAAAUGGAAGAAUUUGAACAGAAAUGUUCAGGUAGACGAACAGUUCCCUGCAAGCCAGGUGAAGCCCAACGUGUUAGCAGCCUGACAUUUGGCUGCUUCCAGGUGAGCGGGAAGAGUGCACAGGUUCUGACAGGGCCUGUUCCCUCCCAAAGGAGCCUCAGUACUGAGACUGAAGAGACUGACGACGCGGUCAACAACGAGACUACAAGAAAGCAGACAGCCUCCACAGCGAAAGGUGCAGAAGUCCAUAGACCAGAUCAAACUGGACUGCUGGGUACUCAUCUGGAGGAGAAUGAGAACAUUAAUCCAUUGGAUUUUAGCGUGAGCAGGCCAGAUUCUUGUAGUGUUUCUUCAGUGCUCUCAAGAGCUGGAGGUGGUUGUGAAGUCAGAGAACGAGGUCUGGAGUUAAGUCGCGCUGACAGCGAGGCUUACUUGACAGCCUCGGAUGACAGCAGCUCUCUUUUUGACGACGACAUGCAGCGAACCGAGCGGCCCAGCGUUCUGGGGAUGUCAGGCGGAGCACAUGGGGAGUGUAAAAUGAGGGAGGACAGCUCCUCUGACGAGCUCAAUAAACGAUUCCAGUCACAGAGACUUGAUUCGUCAUCGUCGUCCAGCGAAGCGAAGACCCCCAGCCCCAUCGUCACACCAGCUCUCAUUCCAAAACGGCCCAACCCACCUCAAGACCUGAGAGAUACCCCUGCUUCACCCAAACAACCCAGACUGAGGACCCCAGCAGGGUUGGGGUUGAUGCAUGCUAUGGCCAAGAAGCACCUAAGCCAACCACCAAUCAGCACUGAGGCAGCGCACGGACAAACACGUAAUGCCCUCAGUAUGCUACGCUCCUCCCGGCCACAAGAAACUGACCUUGACCAAGUGCAGGAGGUCGACAUGGAAACAGGAAAGGAUCCGCCCAAUCAGAUCAGCCCCGGCUCUCGUACCAAACCCGCAAAGCUUUCCAUCCAUGCCGCACCGAUUCCUGCUGGGUGUCCACAAAUAAACUUGGACAGUAACAGCUCACCUCCUACACCUCCUUUACACAGACUCCCCUCCUGGGAGAGUCGCAUCUACGCAGUGGCUAAAUCUGGAAUCAGGUUGUCUGAGACAUCUUGCACAGACUCAACUAGCAAAGACCCCUCUCUGCAAGCAUCCUGUCCUGCCUUUGUCAUAUACACAUCACUCAUUUAUAAAAACAUGACCGCACCAGUUUAUACAACUCUGAAGGGGAAAGCCACUCUGCUGAGCAACAAUCCGUUCUUAGAUGAAUCAUCCAGUUCUGAGGAGUCGUCCAGUUCUGGGGAAGAGGACGGUUCCUUAUGCAGCUCGAACACAUCUUCCAGCUCUCUGAAGGGCAGCAACCCAGGAAGCCCACGCUCUCUCAAAAGAGCAGUGUCCAUGUCUUCAAUGACAUCAGAGAGUGACUAUGCCAUCCCACCUGAUGCCUACUCCACUGAUACUGAGUGUUUUGAACCGGAGCAGAAACUCCCUAAAACGUGUUCCUCUGCUGGAGAAAACAGCAAGAAUGAAUCAAUGGAGAAAUCAGGCUACCUGCUUAAAAUGGUGAAGACAUGGAAGAAAACCUGGAAGCGACGCUGGUUUGUCUUGAAAGAUGGAGAGCUGCUUUAUUAUAAAUCCCCGAGCGAUGUGAUAAGGAAACCUCAAGGUCAAAUUGAAGUCAAUGCCACCAGCAGCAUCGCACGAGGAGAAGGAAAACAAGUGCUCCAGAUAGUGACAGGGAAGCGAGUGUACUACCUGAAAGCGGACUCCCCUAACCUGUUAGAAGAGUGGCUUAUGGUGAUGCAAAGUGUGUUGAGAGUCAAAGCUGCAAGCCCACUCUUCACACAGCCGGAUAUUCGGCCCUGCAUGAAGGGACAACUUAUCAAGGUAAAGCAUGGGUACUCUAAGCGGGUUUGGUGUGCUCUGAUUGGCAAAACUCUGUACUACUUUCGCAGCCAAGAGGACAAGUUUCCUCUUGGUCAGAUUAAGCUUUGGGAGGCCCAGGUAGAAGAGGUGGACAGCUCUCGGGACUCAGACGAUGGCUUGAAAGCAUGUGGGGGCGGAUUGCAGGUAGUGUCCUUUACUAUCGCUAUCAAUUCACAAGAUCAAGAACCCACGUACCUGCUCAUCGAAUCUCACCAUGAGAAGGAUUCAUGGCUGUACCACCUCUGUGUCGCAGCAGGAACCAUGAUGGGCAAAGUAGGCACUGAGUUUGAAAAACUAGUGGGAAAACUCUUCCAAGUGGAUGGAGAUCCAAACUCUCAAAUCUGGAGGCAUCCAACAUUAUGUUUCAGUAAGGAGGGUCUGUCGUCUCCCCUCACCACGCUGCCCUCACAGGCCCUGCAAACAGAGGCAGUCAAACUCUUUAAGACUUGUCAAUUGUUCAUCAAUGUGGCCAUCGAUGCCCCGGCCAUCGACUAUCACGUCUCGCUGGCUCAAAGCGCCCUGCAGGUUUGUCUGACCCACCCUGAGCUUCAGAAUGAAUUCUUCUGUCAACUCAUCAAGCAGACCCGAAAGAGGCAGCCGCAUGGCCACCCUGGACCUUUGCAGGGCUGGCAGUUUUUAGCUCUGUGUGUUGGACUUUUUCUGCCUCAGCAUCCUUUCCUUUGGCUGCUCCAAGUUCAUCUCAAAAGACACGCGGACUCAAGGACUGAGGUGGGUAAAUAUGCCAUCUACUGCCAACGUUCUAUGGAGCGCACCCAGCAGAAGGGUGAGAGGCAAGCCAGACCGUCCCGGAUGGAGAUCCUGUCAAUUCUGCUAAGGAAUCCCUAUCACCACUCCCUGCCCUUUAGUGUGCCGGUUCACUUUCUCAAUAACACCUACCAGGUGGUAAGUUUUGAUGCGUCCACCACAGUGGACGAGUUCCAGUGUCGCCUCAAUCAGGACACCAGCAUGAGGAAAACAGGGCUGUCAGGUUUCAGUCUGUACACUGAUGACCCUACUGGACGGGAGCUAGAACACUGCUUGCAUCAGGGGAGCAUUAAGAUUUGUGAUAUUAUAUCCAAGUGGGAACAAGCAUCCAAAGAACAAAACACUGGGAAGUCAGAAAACACCAGAACAGUUCGCCUCACCUACAAAAACAGGCUAUACUUCUCCAGUCAGGUGAGAGGAGAGUCAGAGAGAGAAAGGUUAUUGUUGGCCUAUCAGAUCAAUGAGGCCAUUGUAGCAGGACAUUUUCCUGUCAACAAGGAAUUGGCCCUGGAAAUGGCUGCCUUACUUGCGCAGGUUGAGUUCGGGGAUUUUGAACGUCCCUUCUCGACCCCCGGACCAGUUCAAAUUAAAUCCAACCAAACCUUGAAACAGGUCCUGGACAGAUUCUACCCCAAACACUACCGUCGGACCGCAUCCGAGGAGCAAUUUAGACAAUUACUCCAACGUCUGUCUGCUCGCUGGUCCUCACUCAAGGGUCGAAGUUCAUCUGAGUGUGUGAGGAUUUAUCUGACUGUUGCUAAAAAGUGGCCUUACUUUGGUGCCAAAUUAUUUGAAGCUGAGUCAAUCACUCCAUCUCCAGACCAAGAAACACGCGUUUGGUUAGCAGUUCACGAAGAUGGUAUCAGUGUUCUGGAGCACAACUCUAUUAAACCACUUGUGUCCCACCCUUAUAAAAAUCUGAUGACUUUUGGCGGCUGUAAACAGGACUUCAUACUUGUGGUGGCAAAGAGCAACGGUAACAAAACGACCAAAGACAAACCCACAGAGAGCCAUGCGUUUGCAAUGGAUGAGUCCAAGAUCAGAGAAAUCACCCUCCUCAUCUCCAGCUACAUCAACAGUGCACAUCAGCAGAAGUCCGCGGCACACCACCUAUCCGCCCCUGCUCUCAUGGUGGCCCAGCCAAUUAGCCUGAAGUGCAAGGAGCUGAGAAGCAAGUCUCCACCAGCAUUGGGCCGUCCCAGUAAGGCCCCCACCUUGUUGUAAAAGCAAAGUCCUUGUCUCAGGUCACCUCUCUGCCCUCUGCAGGGAGCACUUAAGAAUUUUCCUUCCCACAAUGUCUGGGAGUUGGCGUACAGCUUGAAAUUAUAAGCGGAUUAUAAGGGGGGGCCAGCCCCACCCCCCGGUGGCCGAAAAGUGUCAUUGCAUGUAAUUAACUUUCCUAUACAGUGAUACCUCAGCUCACGAAUAUAAUUGGGUCCCAGAAAGUGUGUGUAAGGCGAAAAGUUCGUCUUCCGAACAUUUAUUUCCCAUAAAAAACCAUUAAAAUGAGAAUAAUCCGUUCCCAGGUCCCCAUAAAACAUAAUUUUCUACUAAAUAAGCCUUAAAACUACACAAAAAUAUACCUUAUUUUCUUUAAUGUCUUCUUAGGCUUAACACUAGCCCGUGGUGGGGUCUUUUUCGGUCCCAUAAUAGCAAAAGUACACUCAAUAUGGUCCAAAAUGUCUAUCAAACACAAACCACGUCCGCACUCAACGAAAGGGAGGGGACGAACUGGGACGCCGUGAGCGUUCGUCAGCUUCUCGUGGCGCUGUUCGACCGCGUGGUUUGGUUCGUCCGCCGAAAACUAGUUCGUCAGCAGAGACUAUAUGUUCGCGAAUUUAAUGUUCUUGAGGCGAAAAGUUCGUGAGCUUAAGCGUUCGUGAGCUGAGGGAUUACUGUAUAUAUAAAAGUUGUAAAGCAAUAAAACUGCCACAAAAAUUAAUGAAAUGACAAAAAUAUUUUUGUAAUGGGUCAAAAUUAUUUUUCGAGCACCUUAGACAGUCAUAUGCUUUGCAUAUAAUUAAAAAAAAUUUUUUUUUUUGAAAAAUUGGAAAAAAAAUACUAAAAAAGAUUUUUGGGAUUGAAAACGUUUUUUUUUUUCAAAGAAACUUCAAAGAAAAGUUUUUCAAUGACAAGUGUUCAAAUGCAAAAUUUUCAAUCUCAAAUAUUUUUUCGCAUUCAAACACUUUCUAUGAUUGAAAUUUUUCUUUUUUUUUUGAUUGAAGUGGUUUUCUUUUUGAAAAUCUAUAUUUUUUUGAAGCAACUUAUUUUUAGAUUGAAUAAUAAAGACAAAAAUAUCCUAGCCAAAAUGUGGCCCAAACACAAAUCAACAUCACUUAAAUCGAAAAAGUUUCUUCAAUCAAAAAAAAAAAAAAAAGAAAGAAAAGAAAAAUAGCUUUCACAUGCAUUUUUUUUUUUAAAUUUCAAAUUUGCUUUUGAAUUAAAACAUUAACAUGAAUUAUUUUUUUUUAAAUUGAAAGGACAUUUUUUGGGUUGAAAAUAUACAGUAUAUUUUGAUUGAAGCAAUUUUUUUUUUUUUAUUGAAGCAACUUUUUUUGAUUGAAUAAUAAAGACACAAAUCUACCUCCAUAUGGCUCUGUCCAGGGGAUACAAUUUUUGACUACAUUGGCACGACACCGGCGGGCUUACCAUAUUCAUUGGAUGACGAUCUUGGCGAAAAGUAUUGCCUAAGCAGCCUGAUUUAGAAUUCCCCUCAAGAAUGAUGGGAAACAAAAAACACUCAUUGUUAACUUAUUAUUAUAAAAGUUAAUUUUAUUGCUUACACUUCGUUUUGGGGUCAUCACCAUGUUGUGCCCUCCCUGCCCCAAAAGUCAAACUCCGCCUAUGCUUGAAAGGGAUUCCGUUAGCUUUGUGGGUACAAAGGUAAAAACCAAACUUGAAGCAUUGUCUUCCCAAGUGUUGAGUUUACUGGCUGAAGAGUCAACACUGUUUACUGAUUGACUAGGCUAAUGUUCACGAUAUCAUUAAUCUCUGCCGUCUGUUGCAUUUUAUGUACACUGUGGUUUCUGGAGCUGAAAAGGGAGACUUUAAAAUGACAAAAAUGGUACUCUUUUUGACAUUUUUUUUGUGUGUGUGGAAAUUUGCCUAGAUGAGUGCAUAUUAUUCUGAAUUGAAGUGUUAGAUAUAAAGCUCAUGAGAGUAGAAAUGUAUGACAAGGAUGUCAUUUGAAUAGUCUAACAAGUCAGGAAAUAUGUUUGGAGAAAUCAUAAUGCUUUUUAAAGUGGCAAAUGGCUUGUGGUAACGUAAAUGAAGCUGUAAAUGUGGUGACCUGGUUAGGCGGAAGGACUGACUGUAAAAGAGGAACGGAAAUUUGUGGGUUACUAAAUAACCAAGAGAGAAGGAAACUAAAAGCUGUAGAAUGAUGCUCUAUGUCGUUUUGUAUUUGUACAACAUUUACCACACAAAUCAUUCUAUUAAAACUGGAAAAAAAAGUUAUUUAAUGUAAAACUACUUUAAUAAGAGGCUCCCACUGAUGCUUGUUUAUAAAAAGUUUGUCGGAAUGCAUUUUAUUUAAUUCAUUUGGGAACGUGUACGUGAUGAAA